UCCCAAAUAAAUUUGGUUUAAGUACCGAUUAUAAAAUUAUUGAGGGUAGUUUUGAAGUUUUAUGUCUAUGAACUGUCAAGUGAAGAUAAAGUACUUAGUGUUAUUUAUAGAAUAUGUUUAUUAUUAUUUAUGGUAAAUAAAUAAGAUGAACAAUAUUGGCUGUACAUUAAACAUAUGAUAGUUCAUAAGGUAAACGCAGUAAACAAGAAGUCGUUGCUCUCUAGAUUACAUGUUUAAACUUUAAAAUCGGGCAAUGUCGACCGGACAAGCAAUUAAUUGUAACUAAAUUGAAUGUUAUACCAAAGUUAAAUACAGGUACAGCAGAAUUACGAUGGGCAUGGGUGGUGCGAUGGACAGCUGCGGGAGGUGCAUGAAGUUCUCCCUUAUAUGCAUCAAUGUUAUAACGCUUAUCGGAGGAGCGCUCGCGCUAGCGAUAGGGAUAUGGGUGUGGACGACGCGCUCGUUCUCCAGCACGCUGAUGAGCAACAACAUGUUCAUCGCGUCGGUGGGCGUGGUGGUGGCGAUGGGCGCCGCUAUCAUGCUACUCUCGCUGCUCGGCUGUUGCGGCGCUGCUAAGGAGGUCAAGUGCAUGUUGCUCACGUACUACAUCUUGGUGUUCAUCAUCUUUGUGGUGAUGCUAGUAGGCGGGAUCCUACAGUUCGUGUUUAGGGAGAAGGUGCUGACCACGUUGAACCACGAGAUGUACGCCGCUAUCCCGUACUAUGGUGUGAAGCAUGAAUACACCAGGUCCUGGGACGACACGCAGACCUACCUGCAGUGCUGCGGAGUCAAGAGUUACAAGGACUGGAACGAUAACGUGCCCGAGAGCUGCUGCCAGGAGGUUUAUCCUGGCAAGAGAUUAGACUGUAAGUCGUCGCCGAACCCCACCACUAUGUACGUGGAUGGUUGUUUGACGAAGGUGAUUGACUUCCUUCGUGAAGAUGCGGUUUACGUCGGUGCUGCCGCCAUUAUUGUGGCUUUCAUCAUGUUGCUGGCAUUGAUAUUAUCGUGUGGAUUAUUUGUGAAGAUAGAGUGACAUUGCCGAUGUUCUAUAGACCUGACUCAAGUAUUAAUUGUUGAUUUGAUUAUGAAUGUGUACGUAAUUACAAGUCGACUUCGUAUUAAAUCUUUGCAUUUGGAUUUAUAUAUUUAUUUUGUAAAUGAUUUGAAAUAAAAACAAAAUUUUUGACCAUG